GCGAGAGCACUUCCGCCUCGAGCCGGAAGCUCUGUGGCUCACACCGCGGGUUCCUGCGCGUGGGGAAUUGUAGAGUUUGCGUGGCGGGAACGCGGCGGCAGUGAGAGCGAGUGGCGCCGGCUGUUGCGUCCGGUGCGGCGAUGCUGACCCCGGCGUUCGACCUCAGCCAGGAUCCGGACUUCCUGACCAUCGCCAUCCGCGUGCCCUACGCCCGGGUCUCCGAGUUCGACGUCUACUUUGAGGGGUCCGAUUUCAAGUUCUACGCCAAGCCCUACUUUCUCAGAUUAACCCUUCCUGGAAGAAUAGUAGAAAAUGGAAGCGAGCAAGGGUCCUAUGAUGCAGAUAAAGGAAUUUUUACCAUUCGCCUGCCCAAAGAAACUCCUGGCCAGCAUUUUGAGGGGCUGAACAUGUUAACUGCUCUUCUGGCACCAAGAAAAUCCAGGACAGCAAAACCACUUGUGGAAGAAAUAGAUGCUUCUGAGAUUCCUGAGGAAGUAGUUGACGAUGAAGAAUUUGAUUGGGAAAUUGAGCAGACACCCUAUGAAGAGGUAUCAGAAAGUGCUUUGAAUCCGCAGUGCCACUAUGGAUUUGGAAACUUAAGAUCAGGAGUGUUUCAGCGGUUACAGGAUGAAUUGAAUGAUGUUAUUGAUAUUAAGAAUCCAGAUUUCACCCCUGCAGCUGAACGAAGACAGAAGCGCCUGGCUGCUGAGCUGGCCAAGUUUGAUCCUGAUCAUUAUCUAGCUGACUUUUUUGAAGAUGAGGCGAUUGAACAGAUUUUGAAAUAUAAUCCUUGGUGGAUUGACAAAUAUUCAAAAAUGAAGGCCUUUUUGGAAAAGAGUCAGGAGGAAGAAAAUCAUGCUGCAUUAGUGUCUUUUUCUGAAGAAGAGAAAUAUCAGCUACGAAAAUUUGUCAAUAAAUCUUAUCUGCUGGACAAGAAAGCCUGUCGUCAAGUGUACUACAGUUUGAUUGAUAUCCUUCUGGCAUAUUGCUAUGAAACCCGUGUCACGGAAGGAGAGAAGAAUGUUGAAUCUGCAUGGAAUAUCAGGAAACUGAGUCCAACACUAUGCUGGUUUGAGACUUGGACUAAUGUUCAUGAAAUCAUGGUGUCUUUUGGAAGAAGGGUGCUGUGUUACCCACUCUAUCGCCAUUUCAAGCUGGUGGUGAAGGCCUGCAGCGACACUAUAAAGAUAUUGCAACUAGGUAAAAGUGCAGUUUUAAAGUGUCUCUUGGAUAUUCACAAAAUUUUUCAGGAAAACGACCCAGCAUACAUACUGAAUGAUCUCUACAUCUCAGACUACUGUGUGUGGAUUCAGAAAGUCAAAUCCAAAAAGUUGGCAGCUCUUGCAGAAGCCUUAAAGGAAGUCUCCCUUACAAAGGCCCAGCUGGGGUUAGAACUGGAAGAACUAGAAGCAGCAGCACUGCUUGUCCAGGAGGAGGAAACUGCAUUAAAAGCAGCCCAUUCAGUUUCUGGGCAGCAGACACUUUGCUCCAGCUCUGAGGCAAGUGAUUCGGAGGACUCAGACAGCACCGUGUCAUCUGGAAACGAAGACUCAGACUCAGAUUCAGAACAAGAUGAACUCAAAGACAGUCCAUCUGAGACAGUCAAUUCUUUGCAAGGUCCCUUUCUUGAAGAAAGCAGUGCCCUUCUUAUUGUUGAUGGUGGAGUAUGCAAAAACACAGCCAUCCAGGAGUCUGAUGCCAAUCAGGGAAAGCCCCUUGCCUCUUCCCAGCCUCUUGGAGUGUCUGGACCUCUGAUAGAGGAGCUUGGGGAACAACUGAAGACCACAGUUCAGGUUUCUGAACCCAAGAGCACCACUGCUGUAAACCACAGCAAUAUGCAGGAGAGAGAUGGCCGUCAGACACCAAAUGAUUGACUCUUAGGUGGUUUUAUUUGUUGUUGAGAAAUACGGUAGAUUUGGUUUCAUUUACCAAAUGAGAAUUCCUCAUUUUCACUUUGUAGUUUUUCUUAGUAUAUAGACAGCCUGCUGUAUUUGUAUCCGCAUCUGUGGAUUCAACCAACUGCAGAUCAAAAAUAUUUAAGAAAAAAUUGCAUCUGUACCAAACAUGGAGACUUUUUUUCUUGUUAUUAUUCUCUAAUACAGUAUAACAACUAUUUCCACAGCAUUUACAUUGUAUGGGAUCAUAUAAGGAAUCUAGUGAUGAUCUAAAGUGUACGGGAGGAUGUGGGUAGGUUAUAUGCAAAUACUGCACCAUUUUUUAUCAGGGACUUGAGCAUCUGAUGAUUUUGGUAUCCUCAGGAGUCCUGGAACCAACCCCCCACAGAAACGGGGACAACUUUAUGACUUUUUUUUCAAUCAGUGAAUGUGUAUACCUUUUGUUUUCCUUGCUAUCACUGUGAAGAUAAAAUUCAAAAGUAUUUUUACCAAAGUGUAGCUAAUAUUUCAAGCUGAAAAUAAUAGUUCUACUGCCAGUGUCUCCAGAAUGUAGAGCCCAUCAAUAUUUUUAUUUUAGGAAGUGUACUUGACACCCCAUAAACUGCACGUAUCGAAAGUGUACAGUGUGUUGGCAUAUGUGUACCCCACAUAAAACUGUCACCGCGAUUGAAGUGAGGAGCGGACCCAUCAUCCCCAAGUGCUCUUGGGCCCCCUUAUUAGUUUGCAUGUCCUAGAAUUCUAUGUAAAUUGAAUCAUACAAUAUGUAUCCCUUUUUUGGUCAGGCUUAUUUUACUCGGUCUAGUUAUUUUGAGAUUCAUCCAUGUGGCAGCAUGUGUCAAGAGUUUUUGUGUUUUUCAUUGCUGAGUACUACUUCAUUGAAUAGAUCUGUUCAUUGACCUAUCGAUGGACGCCUCGGUUGUUUCCAUUUUGGGGCUGUUAUAAAUAAAGCUGUUAUGAACAUUUGUAUACAA